CUCCCUGGAGACUAAGGAAGUGCAUUUGAUUGGGCCAAAACUAUGAAGCCGCGGCACAGAGAAACACAAACCGGGAGAAUUUGGUCUAUAUCAGCUCUAAAUCAAAACAAGAUAGUUCAGUUCUGCAGCCAGAGCUCAGCUGAUGAAGAUGCAAAGAGACAGAAAGAUGUUUGGUGCUGUUGGCCCCAAUCGAAGAGCUGCAGGAAACAAAAAGGAUAAAGUGCUGGUUCCGAGAAGCAGCAGCCCUGUCACUGUGUACGUGGAGCUCCCCUGCAUCAUUGAGCAAGCCUUUUCAACAAUUGCGUGGGACGAUUUGGAAGACUGUGCGUCUAUGGUGAGACCGAAGAGCAAUUCCCUCGACUCUCAGGUAAUUGAAUCUGAAGCAGAUGAUCAAGACUUUGGAGAUUAUGCGCUGGAUUUCAUGGCAGAUUCUCCUUCCACUCUGGAGAGCAGUCUGUCUCCAGCUGAACUGGUACCAUUUCAGGGAUGUGUCAUACCUCCACUCACCCCUCAGAGGUACCUCUCCUCAGAGGAAAGUCUGGUGCACUCCUCCACAGAAGGAGGAAUCCAGGAUGGAGCUCUCUGGAAGGGAUUGGCACAGUGGCAAGAGAGGGCUUGUGGAGAGUCCAUGGAGGUUAACAAUCAGCUCCAGGAGACUCUGCAUAGAAAACAGGAAGAGAUCGACUCACUUCAGGACAGAAAUCUUCACCUCAGACAGCUGGCCAGUCGUGCAAAGCACCUUGCCUCAGUGCUCGAAAAACUGUUGACAGUCAGGGACAACAAUAUAAUUGAGUCAGUGAUGCCUCGUGGGGACAGCACUUCCCUCAGUCCCUGUAAGAGGCAGCGUCUCGACGAGGGAUACGAAACUGAGUCCACUGGCUCAGUUGAGGACAUGCUGAGAGACAUUAGCACACGUUGCAACGCUGUGCUGAACAGCUCUGCCAAAGGAACAGAACCACAUGAGGAAUCAAAGACCAUUCGCAUGUACGGUGCAUUCUCAGGUCUACAGACUUUUUUUUCCAAAGACUGCAGUCUGAAGGAGGACGGAGCAGAGCAUGAAGAGAGCGUCUCAUCUUUCAGGACUUCUAUCAGAGAACACAGCACCAUCAGGACUCAGGUGCUUCCUCAUGGACGAGCCUUCACCUCGACGACACAGCAAGGGGGAUAUCGCUUCCGCUGGGUUCCCAACCUCAGCUGAAACCAGGAGUAACACAUGAAUAACUGGUUCUCUAAUUACAGAUAUAAAAGUGCCAUACGUUUUUUUUUACAGACUGAAAGAAGUGUGGGUGGCCAAUGUGACUGUUAAUGCUUAACUGAUAAUCUAUAGAGAUAUCUGUGAAUGAUUAAAUGAUGUCUUCCUCAGGUAGCAUGUAAGCUAAUCAGUCAAUGGAGGUGCCUAACAAAGGAAAUAACACUGCCUGAGCUUUUGUUUUCUUUGUGUUUCUGUUUACAUGCCUCUAUAUGUAAUGAUCCAGCCAUGAAAAAAAGAAAUGUCAUGCCUGUUUUAACACUUCUUUGUUUUGUCUCAGAGAAGUGAAAAAUUAUUUAAAUUUUGGUAAUAAACGUUUUUUUUUAAAAAG